AUGCCAACUUUCCAAUACUCGCCGCCUGAUCUGGACCAGGCUCCACAACCCGUUCCGCGCUGGAAAUUCAUUCUACAAAUCAUUAAGAUUGGAUUGCUGCUGACGCUAUGGAGCUUCUUCACAACAGUAAUUAUCAUAUCGCCCGUCCAUGAAAUUGACAUCUCGGUGGUGACCAUUUUGCCCAAUGAGACCCUGGUCCGAGGUCUAGUUUCAUUGAAGGGUAUCGCCAGGAUCACACUGCAAGGAACUAUCACUGCGGUCCAGAAGAAUUUACCGGGCAGAGAGGACAUCGUACCCGCGGUUAGCAUGCACCUGGAGUGGCUGGACUCCAUCUCAAAUCAAACCACCCAGCGGACGGACAUGUGGCAUGUGUACCUGAAUAAGGAUCUUAAAAAGUUUGUUAGGAUCUCCCAGCUCUUUUACAAACCGGAUAUGAGGGGGAAUGAAGUUCGAGGGCUAUUGAUGCUGGAGGGCAAGGGAGACAUUCCGUUGGCCCUGAUCAUGGAAACCGAUUCCAGUCCCAUGUUAACAAAAUUCGGGGUUAUAUAUUGCGUCCUCUUGCUCCUGGGCCUGUACAUCAUAAUCUUCUUCGAGCUGACGGAUCCCACGCUUGGCGUCAUCCUGAUGGCCACCACUGCAUUGGCCACUCUGACGGCACUGGGAGAGCGUCCCAGUCUGCCAUUGAUUACCUCUUGGGUGGACUUUCGAGUUAUUAUGUUCAUGCUCAGCAUGAUGAUCAUUUCGGGGAUAACGUCUGAGAGCGGCAUCCUCGAUUGGCUGGCCAUCCAAAUUUAUCGCAUCUCGAAGGGCCAAAAGUGGUUAAUACUCAUUUUCCUGGCCCUAGUCACGAGCCUCCUGUCCAGUUUGAUUCCCAAUGUGACGCUUGUGUUCCUGAUGGGUCCCAUUGCCGUUAUGCUAUGCGAGGCGGCUCUUGUGCAAACACAGUUCGUCCUUUAUGUGGUGCUUGUCUACGCAAAUAUCGGCGGAGCUUUUACCCUUGUAAGCGACCCACUCAAUAUGAUAAUAGCCACCAACACGGACGUGGAUUGGAUCGACUUCACCGUACACAUGUUCCCGGGCGUGGUGUGUGCGCUAAUUGUGGGAUUGCCCGUCAUUUAUCUAACGAUGCGAAAGAAAUUCAGCCAAUUGGAAGACACCCAGAUCUUGGUUACGGAGGAACGCAGGACGACAAGUAAAGACCUAAUCCGCCAGGUUGCGCAACGGGAGGCUUUGUUAAGGAUGCGCGAACCCUUGAGGUCAUGCAUCAGACCGUCGUCCAACUACUUCAAGACCCUGGCAUAUCUGGAGAUCCACUAUGGCAUCAGUGACAAGAAGCUGCUGGCGAAGUGCAUGAUUGUGCUGAUCUUAGUCGAGAUGCUUUUUGUAUUGCACACACACCCCUUAGUGCCGGGUGCCUCACUGCACUCAGUGGCCCUUAUGGGAGCCCUUUUAUUGGUCAUCCUGACCAAGCUGGACGACAUGGAGACGGUGCUCCGUUACCUAGAUUGGUCGGUUGUGCUCUUCUUGAGCGCCCACUUUGUGUUUAUAGCGGUGGUGCAUGAGCUGGGCCUAGUACCCUGGCUGGGCGAUUUGGUGGUCAAGGUGAUUUCCAGCGUGGAGACGCGUCACCAGAAGACGGUGGCCAUUCUGUUGAUCAUCUGGCUAACAGCCUUCCUGGCGGCCAUAGUCAAUAAUAUAGCGGUGACCGAAAUGUUGCUGGGACUGAUCCAAGAAUUGACGAUGCAUCGGAAAAUCAAUGUACCGCUAUCGCCACUCAUAUGGGCCUUGGCUUAUGGCGCCUCCUUUGGCGCCAAUGGAACUCUCUUGGGGUCCCAUUCCAAUUUGAUAGGAGUGGUCGUUGCCAGACGAUUUGGCUAUCAUAUUACCUUCCUGCAGUUCUUCCGGUACGGCUUUCCCGUAAUGCUUGCCACCCUAAGCGUUGCCUCUGCCUACUUGCUGAUCGCACACACGUUGUAA